AUGUCUGUGGCACGCCAUUCUCUGGGUGCCUCCGCGUCCGGGGCUGGGUCUAUGAACUCUACGACUCUGGCUGGUGCUUCGGCAGCAGUAGCUACGAUGCUCAAUGAGAUCGAAGACUUUAGCGAUUCAGAUCUUUUCGAGGACGCUGCCCGUAUCAUUCAAAUUGCUGCUCUCUGCUCCAAAGCGGUCUACAAGAAGGAUCCGGGCCAUGUUGUCCCCCAACUCCUGGACUAUGCCGUUAAAGACAGACACUGGAUAGAGCCCACCAGAGACGGCUCAGGGAAGGCCGCCGCUCUUUUUGAGAUCUUGCCGACUGAUCCGUCAUCUCAGCGAAAGGCACUAGUCGUUGCUGUUAGAGGGAGUGCAAGUUCUGUCGACUGGCUGGUCAACCUGAAUAGCGACCUAGCUGAAUGUUCUGACUUGGUGAUAAAAGCUGCCCUAAACGAGGCUCAAACGGAAGAUCAGGAGAUAGGAGUUGUUUUCACAGAUCUGCCCUCGAAGAAGCCGACGCUGUCUUGCGUACACUUUGGUUGUCCUCUGUUGUUCAACACCGACAUUGACGCCCGCCUCACCAAACUCUAUACCGAUAGCAACUUCCUUCGAGGGAAUAUACUCGCCUUCGUCAAUGAUGGCGACCCAAUUCCACGCAUGGAUGCAGCGUACGCGACAGAGCUUACGCGUAUAUGGUACCGUGUCGGAGGAGGCAAGUGCCCGCCGGCGAGCGAAUUCCAAGACUUCAAGCCACCCAAGCUACGUUUGAAUGGCCUCGGUCAACUGGUGUUCUAUUCGAAAACGAACAGGAGGUUGGAGGCAUCAAAUCACGAGAUCCUUGCACAUUCGUAA